AAGGCCAAUGGUCCAUGGAGACGGAGCAGCAAAAGGCCACCGAAUCCGCACAUUGCUGGUUCCAUAUGUCUCUCUUUUGCCUAGCAGCACAUCACUAGAACCCAAAGAGAGAGAAAAACACAAGUGCCAGAAUCAGCAACCUCUGCUGGGAUUUAGGUCCCAUUAUUAGGCCUGGACUGUCCCUAAUUUUGUUUCUAAACGCUAUAUAAUCCAACGAUGUGUAAAACAAGAACAGAUGAACAGCUCCAUUCACGUGGUUUCCUGAUCUUUUUCAGAUUGUUUGCCGUCGAGAGAGAGAGAGAGAGAAAAGGUCAUAAUGGAAUCAGGUGCCGUCUUGCCAAAUAAGGUGCUUGCCUUAUCUUGGCACAGCAGUCAGCAGGAUUUAUAAGAAGAGUCUCCGGGGAGACUCCACGUCCGAGACUCAGACCUGUGAACUGCUUCUGGUGGCCUGUCCAUCCCAAGAUGAAGAGAGGCAACACCGUCCUCGCCACCUCCAUCUCCGUCUUGGUCCUCCUAUCCCUUGCCUCCCAGGUCUCACGGUGUGCAGCAGCAGCAGCAUCUGAGGGAAGCGCCGGAGGAGUCUCCACGGAGCGGCGGCGGGUCAGGCCUUAUCUCCAGGUGCAAGAACAAUUGGAUGGCGACAUGAAAGACCACCUGGAAACCGGGAGUCCUAGCCGGAGGCUUGGGCCUGGGCAUGAGGCGGCGGGCACAGUGGAGCUGGAGCAUCAUCACAGGAGGAUUACCACCGGGCACAAGGGUGGCAGCGCGGGUGGAGUCGCCGGCGCCGCGGGCGGGCGGAACGUGGGCGGCGGCGGCGCCGUGACGAGGCCGCACGGAUCCAAGAACGGCGCGGCGGCGCUUCCGGUGCCGGUGGCGUCCGUCCUGGCGGCGCUCGCCUUGGGCUGUGGCGUCGCUCUGUCAGCCUUGAGCUCCUGAUGAAAUAAAGCUCUUGUCUUUCUCGAUUUGUUUCGUUAUAUUAAAUAUCAUAUCAAAUUAUCAAUCAUGGUGUGCAAUGACAUUUCACGCGAAUUCUUUUUUUAUUCUUACCCUUUCUUGUUUCUGUCCUCGGACAAUUUCACAUGGAGGAAACUUGUGUCAAAUUUCUGCGAACUUCUGUUUAUGCUUGAUUGAUGUGGAAAAAUCGAUGUAUUUACUGUUACCAGCGUGGUCCUUUUGUAAUUUAUUACGUUGAUCUUGA